GGUAUUACAUGUACAGUGGAAGCGGUAAUGACGCUUUGGUUUACGCAAAGAGGGAAUAGACCUUUUAAGAGGCCUCGUCGUUGAUAGCCGCUCUUAUGAGACACGAACGCGCUGUUUAACUGUUAUUUUUACAGUGUGAAAUUACAGAGCGCGCGCGAAAGGUCCCCGUCGCUGUCACGACGGGCUGUAAUUGCGCUGGAUGCGCCGCUGCUUAAAAGGCGCCGCCGAUGACGCCGCGGAGGAGGUUCGACCGGCAGGACUUUCCCCGCCGAUUGUCGGUUUCCUGUGGGACAGAGACAGCGAGAGGCAGUGAGACAAAGGGGAGCAGCCCGACCUGCCUCCUCAAAUAUCCCGGACGCCCGAGCGCUGCUCAGACGCGCCUUCAAGUCCGAGAGUCGGAUCGAUAGAAACCCGUGUUCUCUCUGCGCGAGGAUCCAGCGGCGGUUCGGGCUCCGAGGCGCCGCAUUCAGAGCCGCAGAUCAGGCAACAAUGAAGAUGCUCCUGUGUCUGGCAGUCGUCCAGCUGCUCCUGGCCCCAGUGCUGAUGGUGCCCAGUGUGGAUCACUGGGACUCAUGGGGUCCAUAUGGGGAAUGCAGUCGCAGCUGUGGCGGGGGUGUAACUACGAGAACCAGACGCUGCAUCACUCACAGGAGCGAUGGAGGACACAACUGUGUGGGACCCGAUAAGUCUUAUCGCUCUUGCAACAUCCAGGACUGUCCAGAGGGAUCCAGAGACUUCCGUGAGGAGCAGUGCUCCCAGUUCGACGGGACUGACUUUCAGGGGAGGCGCUACAAGUGGCUCCCAUAUUACGGAGCCGAGAACCCGUGCGAGCUGAACUGCAUCCCAAGAGGGGAGAACUUUUAUUACCGGCACCGCAGCGCCGUGGUGGACGGGACGCCCUGCCACCCGGGGCGGAGGGACGUGUGCGUGGCUGGAGUGUGCAAGCGUCUGGGCUGCGACAACGUGUUGGAGUCUUCUCAGCAGGAGGAUCCCUGCCUGCAGUGUGGAGGUAGCGGUCAGUCCUGCCACCUGGUCAAGAACAGCUUCACCGUCCCCAACCUGCAAACAGGCUACAACCAGAUGUUCAUCAUCCCUGUUGGCGCCACCACCAUCAGCAUCAGAGAGACGGCGGCCACACGCAACUAUAUUGCCAUCAAGAACCUGCGUGGGGAGUACUACCUGAAUGGCCACUGGGUGAUUGAGUUCUCCAGGGCGACGCCCGUCGCCGGCACCGUGCUGUAUUACCAGCGAGGCGCCGAGGGCGACAGCGUCCCUGAAACCAUCAUCGGCCGGGGCCCCACCACCGAGCCGCUUGUAGUCGAGCUGAUCAGCCAGGAGCCCAACCAGGGGGUGGAGUACGAGUUCUACCUGCCCAACGGCCGCUCCAGACAGGGCUACUACUGGAGCUUCGGCUCCUGGUCGGCCUGCAGCAAGGACUGUGGAUCAGGUUACCAGUCUCGCUCGGUCUUCUGCACCAUCGAUAACGAGGCCUACCCCGACUACCUCUGCGCGUCUUUGCCAAGGCCACAAACCAACCGCACCUGCAACCCCCAUCCAUGCCCACAGACCCACAGCUGGACAACCGGCGAGUGGAACACCUGCUCGGUCACCUGUGGCGGCGGCUCCCAGGUGCGCAGCGUGCAGUGCGUCUCCCAUGAUGCCUCUGGGCCCCGGGUGGUGGAGGACGCCGUGUGCGCCGCCUACACGGAGGCCCCCGCCGCGCUGCAGACCUGCAACAUGCAGCAGUGCGCGGAGUACCGCGUGAGCCGAUGGAGCGCGUGCUCGGCGACCUGCGGCUCAGGUGAACAGACCAGAGACGUGACGUGUGUCGGCGCCAACGGUGCCAGGCUCGACGAGCAGUCCUGCGGCGGGUCGCUCCGCCCGGCCUCCGUCCAGCACUGCCAGGUGGCCGCCUGCUCCGAGCGGAUCGGCUGGCGCGUCGGCGCGUGGGGCCUGUGCUCCAGGAGCUGCGGUUCCGGUUCUCGGGAGCGCCAGGUGACCUGCUCGGACCAGGAGGGCGUUCUGUACCCUGUGGACCAGUGCGGCGCCCACCCCAAACCCCCCGCUGUGGAGCGCUGCAACAGCCAGUCCUGCUACAGGCCACAGGCGGUUCCCAGCAUCCAGGACCCGCGAGGACACGAACACACCCAGACGGGCUUCCGGCCCUAUGUGCCUGACCACGCAACAGCUCGCAGGCCAGAGGCCGAUCCGUCCGGCCCCGGCCCCCACUGCAGCCAGUCCUAUUAUGGCUGCUGCCCAGACGGAGGCACCUCGGCCCGGGGCCCCCAGGGCCUGGGCUGUCCACAGGCCCCGGUUCCCACCCCCGCCCAGCCGCCCUGCGUCCACACCAGUUAUGGCUGCUGCCAAGAUGGGACGACGGCUGCUCAGGGCCCCAACAAGGAAGGCUGCGUGGAGUACGUGGCCCCUGAACCUACUGUUGCUCCUCUUCCUGCUGAGAAUGCCGUGCAGUGCCGAACCACCACCUACGGCUGCUGCUACGACCGCAGCACUCCUGCAGGAGGACCCAGUGGGGAGGGCUGCCCCCACCCGCCAAACCACAUUGAGCGCUCCAUCUGCUCCCUCCCCCGCGCCGCCGGCUCCUGCAGCAGCUGGGUGUCGCGCUACCACUACGACGUCGUCGCCUCGAAAUGCAUCCAGUUCUGGUACGGCGGUUGCCACGGCAACAGCAACAACUUCAUGAGCCAAGCGGAGUGCCAGAGGGCAUGUCAGGUACCUGCACAGAGCCAACCCGGCCCCCAGCCCGGCCCCCAGCCCGGCCCCCAGCCCGGCCCAGGCUCUGGAACAGAAACCACGCCUGGACGGGACAGCGAAGCGGGCUCCAGGGCGGGAGGCUCCACGGCCGGACAGUCGCGCAACAUGGGGAGGGUUUUCACGGCCCCCGGCGGCUCCACCUCCACCAGCAGACAGGCCAGCAGCGCUGCCAGGCAGGCCCACAGAGGCAGAAUGUACCUGCGGGUCCGCCGGCCUCUGCCCGCCACCGCCGCCCAGCACUCCGGCCCGGCCGCAAGUUUGACCCUCAAAGGAGUCACAAUCGAUAAGAGCGACCCUCCCACCGUGGAGGCCUUGGUCGGCCAGACGGUGGUGCUGCCGUGCAGAGUCAGCCCUCCGCCGUCGUCCACGGUCCUCGUGGAGUGGAGGAGGGACGGGGUCCCCCUGUCCACGCAGAGGCACCACCAGCAGCCCAACGGCUCCCUGCUGGUUGGUCCUGUCUCCAAGUCGGACUCUGGCUGGUUCUUAUGCAUCGCCACUCAGGAGCGAGAGCGAGAUCACCGCUACGUUCACCUGUCUGUCUCAGAAGGAUCCUCACAGCUGAUUCCUCCAUUGCUCCCCAAAGAUGGUCCGUCCCCGAGGUUCAGUAUCGAUCGGUCCAGCUCAUCUCUGCUGCACAUGCGAGCGGGACAAAGCGCGACCCUGCCCUGCACCGUGGUCCCGCCCUCGGCUCUCCAGUCCGUCAGGAUCCAGUGGACCAAGGACGGACGACCCCUCACUGAUUCCAGGUUCACUCAGGCUUCAGACGGCACCCUGAUCAUUGUCCCGCUGAGGUCCGACGACUCUGGCGUUUACACCUGUACGGCCUCCGGUCCGCAGCAGCUGGAGCAGCGGCAGCUGCAGCUCCGAGUCCGGGCGGAUCUGAAGAUAACAACUGCUCCAAAUAACGUCCAGGUGUCUGAAGGCAGCACAGCCCUGCUGCCCUGUGUGGUCUCAGGAGACAAUGUUAAUAUUGGCUGGUCCAGGAACGGUGUACCGAUCCGCCCGGACGGCCGUGACGUCCUUCAGUCCUCUGACGGCAGCCUGAUCCUGAAUAACGCGAAGCCGUCGGACGAGGGCACCUACACCUGCAACGCCUACACUGGCAUCUACUCUGUGAGCGCCACGGCUGAAGUGAAGGUCAUCAGAGACUCACAGCAAGGCUCGGACGUGCCCCCUGAGUGCGUGGACCAGCCGGAUCUGGCCAACUGCGAGCUGAUCGUUUACGCCCGGCUCUGCUCCAACUCCUACUACUCCAGCUUCUGCUGCGCCAGCUGCACCAGGCACUCACAGCGGAGCCACAGGUCGGCGCAGCUCGGCUAAGGCCAAAACUAUGGGAUGGCGGGGCGCAUGGAGGACUGGGGGGGGGGCAUUAAACACUGAAGAUGCAACCAGAGGUGGCAGAAGUACACAACGUCAGUAAAACUGAAAACACUCGCUUAAAUCGAACCUCAGCUAAAAGUACAAGUUGAACUAUGUUUGAAACGUUAAAGGACUAUUUACAUGCUACUACUAAAGUACCGUUGGUGAACAUUUAAAACCUGUUGAAUGUGAUGAGAAAAACAUUGUUUGCUUUUUAUCAUCCUAACAGUAAGUUAUUAAUCACUGGACCGUUUUAUAUAUGUUUUCAAGAGAAUCAUGAAUUUCUAUUUCAGGUCAUUUAAACGAAAUGAAGCAUGUUACACAUAUAUUUCAUAUCUGCUCUAGUUUUAACCACUACACCAUUUUAAAUGUAUAUUUUAUCUUUGACCAGAAGCUGUUUAUUUUUUAUAUCAUUAUUUGAUAAUAAAAAUAUUAUUUUC